AUGCCGCUGGAGCUGGCCAUCGCCGAGAGCGUGUCCCGCGGGAAGCUGGUGGCCGGGAGAGUGCCGGGCGGCGGGAGCGCGGUCACCGAGUCGUCGGUGCCGACGUUCGCCAACCCGCCGUGGACGGAGGUGUGGGUGCUCAUCAAGCGCUCCUUCACCAACACGGGGCGCAUUCCGGAGCUCUUCAUGAUGCGCCUCGUCACCAUCAUGGUCACCGGCUUCAUCCUGGCCACCAUCUUCUGGCGCCUCGACGACACCCCCAAGGGCGUGCAGGAGCGGCUGGGCUUCUUCGCCAUGGCCAUGUCCACCAUGUUCUACGUGUGCGCCGACGCUCUCCCCGUGUUCGUGCAGGAGCGCCACAUCUACCUCCGCGAGACCGCGCACAACGCCUACCGCCGCAUCUCCUACGUGCUGGCCAACGCCGUGGUCGCGUUCCCGCCGCUGGUGCUGCUGUCGCUGGCUUUCGCGGUCACCACGUUCUGGGCGGUGGGGCUGGCCGGCGGCGCCUCGUCGUUCCUCUUCUUCGUGCUCAUCGUCCUCGCCUCCUUCUGGGCGGGCAGCGGCUUCGUCACCUUCCUGUCCGCGGUGGUGCCGCACGUCAUGCUGGGGUACACGGUGGUCGUCGCCAUCCUCGCCUACUUCCUCCUCUUCUCCGGCUUCUUCAUCACCAGGGAUCGCAUCCCCGACUACUGGAUUUGGUUCCACUACCUGUCGCUGGUGAAGUAUCCAUACCAGGCGGUCCUUCAGAACGAGUUUGGCGGGGCGUCGCGCUGCUUCUCUCGCGGCGUGCAGAUGUUCGACCGCACGCCAAUCGGGCGCAUGCCGGAGGCCGUCAAGAUGAAGGUGCUCGAGGCCAUUAGCGCCACCCUGGGCACCAACGUUACAGCGGAUACAUGCGUGGCCACCGGCGCAGAUGUGCUGGCGCAGCAGGCUGUCAUGGACAUCAGCAAGUGGAAGUGCCUGCUGAUUACAGUGGCAUGGGGGUUCUUUUUCAGGGUUCUCUUCUAUGUGGUCUUGCUAGUAGGGAGCAAGAACAAGAGAAAAUAA